UCUCUUAGUUCAGUUUGUGGUUGGAAAAGUGGAAAAAAGUGUACUAGUUAUUGUGAAAUUAUAAAAUAGAAAAAUGAAAUAGUGCUCAGAGGAUUAUUUUCAGUGAAGACAAUUGUUUAUUAAUACUAUUCCCCUUUGGAAUUCUAUAUUUAAGCAGGAGCUUUAUGCAAGGAUUACCAGUGCUUUUUAGUGAUUUUCUCUGGAAAUACGUUAAUAUUGUGAAUAUUUAGUAAAAUUAUAAGUUAAUUUUUUAAAAAGAUAAUAAUCUAUCAAAAAGUGAUUAACCCAGUGAAUAAAAAACUCUUGCAAUUUAAAUUUCAAUUGUCCUCUGAAGAAUUGUGUCUUCCUUUGCGAAAAUCACCGUGAAAAGUCUCUCAACGGAGUCUGCCAAGUCAGCCACCCUCGCACUUCUUGCAGACUCCUCCUCGUCCCUGUCAAUUGACAUCCACGAGGAGGCUGAUGAUGACAUUGUUCAUGUGUUUGAGGGACCAGAAGAGGAAGUUGUUUAAAGAAGCCUCACCGCUAAUCGCUGACGAGGCUGAUUUUCUCAAGAGACUCCCUUGUAUUUGCAUCGUGUAACUAGGACAUUGUUCGCCACCCACGCGGUGCAUCAUCAAGUGGUCCAACGGAGCUAAUUCCCACCCAAAAUCCCACCCGUUCUUUUGUACCAGAAUCACUGAGGGAAUUCCUUGUAUACUAUGGAUACUCCUCAGUAACUUCAAAUCAUUUAUACAGAGCACCAGAUCGUGUGAAAUACAUUGUAGAUACGCCAUGAUUCAGAGGAUUGUCCUCUGCGUCCUUUGGGUCUUCCUGAACUUCAAGAUCAAUUGUGCUGAACAUCAAACAAGCUUGACUUUCAAUGAUAUACUCCCGGAAGACCACAAAAGUUACGACAAAAUGCGACCACCGAAGAAAGAGGGUCAACCCACAACCGUUUUCUUCCACGUGACUGUCAUGGGAUUGGAUUCCAUCGAUGAGACAUCCAUGACCUAUGCUGCUGAUAUUUUCUUCGCUCAAACGUGGAAGGAUCACCGGCUGCGACUGCCCGAAAACAUGACAUCGGAAUAUCGGUUACUGGAAGUGGAAUGGCUGAAGCAUAUGUGGCGUCCAGAUUCAUUCUUUAAAAAUGCCAAAUCAGUCACCUUCCAGACAAUGACCAUUCCCAAUCACUACAUGUGGCUCUACAAGGACAAAACGAUCCUGUACAUGGUAAAGCUAACACUGCGCCUUUCUUGCGCCAUGAACUUUCUCAUCUAUCCUCAUGACACUCAGGAGUGCAAGUUGCAGAUGGAGAGUCUGUCUCAUACAACGGAUGAUAUGAUAUUCCAAUGGGAUCCGGAUGUGCCUCUUGUUGUGGAUGAGAAUAUUGAGCUACCACAAUUAGCUCUUGUAAGAAAUUAUACAGCCGAUUGUACCCAAGUCUACUCAACGGGUAACUUUACCUGCUUGGAAGUGGUUUUUGUGCUGAAACGACGUCUGGGAUACUAUCUCUUCCACACCUACGUUCCCACUUGCCUAAUCGUCAUCAUGUCGUGGGUGAGUUUUUGGAUUAAACCCGAAGCCGCUCCUGCCCGUGUGACAUUGGGAGUUACGAGUUUGCUGACUUUGUCGACACAGCACGCUAAAUCCCAAGCAUCCCUACCACCAGUAUCCUAUCUCAAGGCUGUGGAUGCCUUCAUGUCCGUCUGUACAAUAUUCGUGUUUAUGGCUCUGAUGGAAUAUUGCUUGGUGAAUAUCGUUCUGGGAGAUACUCCACCCACGAAGACCACAGCAGACAAGGGUGAUAAGAUGUAUGAUCUGUCAUCGAAGGGACGGAAUAGCGUCACCCGUGGCUCCGUAAGUGACUGGAAUAGGAGACAUUGGCAAGAUUCACCGAGUCCCCUCCAAAGUUUCUCUUGCAGUUCGGCAAACGUGAGCGAGACAACUCCACAGAUGGUGGUGUCCCAUGGAUUCAGCGCCAGGAAAAUUCCAUGCUCCUCAAUGCCCCACUGCAGCCGGCACCGCCAGCGACUGCGGAUGCGACAGCGGGUGCCGAGAAACCUGAACCUGUCAAACUCACUCCAGCCCAGAUACGUCUCCGGCGCGCCAUCAACAUCGAUCGCUUCUCACGCGUCUUCUUCCCCUUCCUCUUCACCGUUCUCAACUGCACCUACUGGUACAUGUUCUACGAGUACCUCUAGGCCUAGACAUGCUUCCACUGAGUAUUUUCAUGGGUAUCCCUCUCCGGAAAUGUGAAUUCUUCUUUCAUGGAGGAUUCACACUCCCCAUGAGAGAUUCUCAUCAUUUAGACUGGGAUUCUAGUGAGACUUUCGUGUUAGAACAAAAUUAGAACUUUAACUGUACGACCCUCUUUAAAAGAUCUCUUUCCCGGAGAGAAAAUAGUCUCCAAAGAAACAUAGAAAGUUGGAAGAAAUCAGAGAAUAAAAACAAUUAGAAUUGC